CCCUCGUGCUCCGCCUGUCCCGCUUUCGUUUGCGUGACGACGACAGAAAGAUCACCUUCAAGAUAGACUACGCUUGCGCUUUCGAAAAUAUUUGGCUAGAAACCAACGAAUUUGAUCGCUGUUGAGUUUUUUUUUCGUAAAUCUUCAUCUUGUUGUACGUUAUUGAAAGCAAGUUUCUCGACAUAUCUUGCUUAUAUCGACGUUAUCAGAACAAAGGUUCCAAGCUACGGACGACCCGCCUGUGGCAGAAAAACGACACAAUGGCCAAGGGAGAGGACUCUCACUCUGAAAUGGCCCAGGCUCAUCAGAGCGAUGUCAUCAAUGUAAUCUUUGACCUGAACAGCCCUGCUUCAUCUCACUCUCGAAGCAGCUGUGGCAGCAACCGCUCCUCUGGCUUUGGCUACUACAGGGGCCGCAGCAGCCACAGGGGACGUUCAAGUUCGUCAUCAUCCUCUUCAUCCAGCAGCGGGUCCUCCUCUCGGUCCAGGUCCCGCUCUCAUCCCCGCUGCCACAGACGUUCCUCCCGCUGUCGCUGUGACAGCCAUCACAGAUAUGGUCGUGGACGCCGCCUCCGCUCCCCCCCGCGCCACUACAAGGCCCACUCUCACUCCUACAGCCGGUCACCCUCGCCAGACAGGCACUCACGUCGCAGACGCUAUAGGUCCCGUUCCAGGUCUUCCAGCCGUUGGAGUAGGUACAGGAGAGCUGUGCGCCAGUUUAGAUGCAAGUUUUCCCGAUCUCCAGCCAGAACCCACAGGAACCGUUCAAGGUCCAUAUCUUCAGGACGUUCUGUCAGUUUGAGUUUGGAUGAUAAAAAAGAACUCCUCAAAACUGCAAAGGCCAAUGCUCUCAAGAUUCUUGGAGUGGAGAAGCUGGAACUUCCUGAGAGUGUGAAACCAAUCCUGUCAGAGCAGUUGGUGGAGUCCGAACGGUCGUCACCAGAACCAGAGAUUAGGGUGAGAAAAGACCCUGAAAAGACUCUGUCACAGAGCAAUGAGGCGGAGUUUGAUGACAUGUCCAACCCAAAGAUGUCUCCUAAAAGGAGAAUAAUCUCCUUCAGCAUCAAUAAUUCUGUGGCCAAACCAACAGCAGCAGCUCCAUCCUGUGCCAAGGUAACUCCCAGAGUGGACAGCUAUGAAAGCAGGAAGCCCUACGGCCACUGGGUUCAAGUCAAAUCAGGCCGAUCCUCCAACACACGCAAACACACACUCACCAAGUCACACUAGUGUGGC